AAAAACUCCAACCAAAUACCGAACCUGAAUAUCAUAAAAAAACAGCUGAAACUGGUCGUGAUAAUGGAAAAUCGGGUAUGGACCAUAUGGAUAAACCAAAUAAAGUUGAGCAGGCGAAGGCGUCAGAAAUUAAAAUACCACGGUGCAAUAAAUCAGUAUGGAAAACUAUUUCACGUCUACGCCCACUUAACGAUCGGAAACCAUUUUGCCCUGAAGAAACUGAACUCCCGACAAGCUAUUGGAUUAUCAAAGGAUCUCAGCAAGAACUCGUCCGACGGGAAUUUAUAAAAGAAUUUGGCAUUGAUCCUGGGACUGAAGAAAAAAUUGUUAGUGAUGAAUAUGCGUACCAAUUC